AUGCCUUCGUACUUGGUCACCGGCUCGAGCCGUGGUCUUGGACUAGGAUUCGUCACUCAGCUGCUUCGGAACAAGGACAACAUUGUCGUGGCAACAGCAAGGGAUACUGCAGGAUCGUCUGGUCUACAAGAGCUCAACGCUCGCAACAAUGAAGGACGCCUCAUACUGAUCGACCUUGAUGUUACGAAAGCAGAGAGCAUUAAAUCAGCUGCUGAACAGACGGCCAAGGUCUUGCCAGAAGGAUUGGACCAUCUCAUAAGCAAUGCUGGAGUUAGCGGAAAUCUAAUGCGUCAUGUCAGGGAUGUCGAUGAGCUCGUCGAAGAAGUCAAGUUUCCUCUCGUUUCAUUGCUCCUCCUGGUUCGAGGGUUUCUUCCCCUCAUCCAAAAGGGUCAAGCAAAGAAGAUCUUGGUCAUCACCUCUGUUGUCGGCUCGUUAACCAUUGCUCCACUUACAGAAAAUCUGGGGUAUGGUUAUGGGAUUGCUAGAGCAGCUCUUAACAUGAUGGCCCGGAAAUGGAGCACGCCCCUAAAAGCAAAGGGAGUUACUAUCGCUCUCAUCCAUCCCGGGUGGGUUGAUUCCACCGAUAUGGGUAGUUCGAUAGUUCCUUGGGCUGAGAAGAACCCCUCAGCCUUGUCCAGCAUCACUGUAGAACAGUCGGCUGCUGGUGUCACGAAGGUUCUGCACGAUCUUAAAAUCGAGGACACUGGAUCGUUCUACAAUUACGACGGCACGACACUUCCUUGGUAG